UGCGAUAUCGAUAAAGUAGCCUGGCAGCCAAGCAGCCGCGCCUCACACGACCCGCUGCAGCCAGUCACAAUGGAGGCCUUCGAUGAGGAGCAGCAGGCUGAGUGGAGGCGCUUGAUGCUGGCUGUCACCUAUAAGGAGACCAUUGAUAAGCUGGUGCUGCAGCAGCGCUCGCAGCGCCUGAAUAUGCGAAAGCCGCCGUCCCGGCUGCCCGCCUCCUUGCGCAGGCUGCGCAGCUCCUCCAUUGGGCAGCAGGCGCUGCCUCAGCGCGUGCUGCUCACGGGCAAGCAGCUGCCGCGGCUGGAGUCCUUGCUGGGCGACACAGAUCUGGAUGACGUCCAGGUGGACGAGCGUGUGCUGGAUGCCCUGAAAUACGAACGAGAUUUGGACGCGUUGCGCGCUUUUGUUAUGGCCGCCAACGAGCAGCUGUUCAUGACCCAGGAGGAGCUGGAGAGCGAAAAGCCCAGUCGACUGGAGCUGGCGAUUAGUGACCUGAGCGGCAACAACAGCGAAGAGUCUGUGGCGAUCAAGGAGCUGCAGCGCUCCAAGGACGAGCAGAAGCAGCUCAAGGCUGAGCUGGAGCAGCUGGAAAUCGACGGGGCGGCCAAGCUGAAGGAGAUGGAGGAACGCAUCGCCGAUGCCAAGUACAAUCUGAAGUGCGUCUCGCGGGUCAACGACUUGGAGUUCAGCCUGGUCGAGCGCUGGGAGGCGGCGCGCGUGACCCAGGCCCAGAUCUGGGGCGAGAAUGCCGAGCGAGCCUACUUGCGGGACAUACUCGACUACAAGCAGCGUCUGGCACGUGAGGAGCGCGUCGGUCAGGAGCUGAGCGCCUUUCGCAGUCGCGAGCUGGCCGACCUCAGGCAGCGCAUUGAGCACUGGCAGCAGCGCUAUGCCACUGAGAUGCGACGCGUUGAGCGCGAGACGGAGGCCUGGCAGCUCCGCAUCCUCGAGCAGAACAAGCUGCUAGCGCAUCAUCGCGAGCUGAACGCCCAGCACAGGCAGUUCGUUGCCGAGUAUACGGCCCGGAAGGAGGAGGAGCAGCGGCUGCACGAUCUGGAGGUGCAUCGCAUCGAGUGCGCCGUCAGGCUGCAGGCCUGGUGGCGCGGCACCAUGGUGCGACGCGGCCUGGGUCCCUUCAAGAAGAAGCCGAAGCGCGGCAAACGAACCAAGCCCAAGAAGUAGACAAAUUAAAUGCAAUCCGAUGGCAGUUGAGCCCGCCGCCCUCGCCUUAUGGAAAUUCACUCGUGCCUUAAAACCAAUUAAAAAGUUGGCUCGCUGCAGUUAACACGUUAGCGGUCAACGGCUUGCGUCAGCCUUAAUGGCUUGCCGGCAUUGUCAACAGCCUUGGCCAUUGUUUACGCGCCGCUAAUGGGCCAGCAGUCAUCACAGUGCACUGCAGCUGCCACU